CUUCUUCCUUGCAUGUGAUUUGUUCGUGUAACUACCUUGUUUGAAUGUUACCUUCCCCUUUCUCAACGGACUUUACCAUAUCUUUGUAUUCACUGUAAAAAUUGUGGUAUUAUUAGUUUUAAUUCUUUCAUCCAUUAAUUAAUUAAAAAUGUCUGCUGUAGUGAAUGGUUAUUUAGAUCGUUUAGAUAAGAAAUUGCAUGAGAAGAACAAAAUAAAUGAAUACUUCGAAAAAGCUGAAAAGGCGAUUGGUGUUAAACGUGUAUAUUUAGCCGUAGGACUUAUGUCCCUAUGGGCUCUAUACAUGAUUCUUGGACGGGGAGCUCAAUUAAUUUGUAAUCUUGUUGGAGUUGCUUAUCCAGCAUAUGUUUCCAUUAAUGCUCUGGAAACUAGUAGCAAGGAAGAUGAUACAAAGUGGUUGACUUACUGGGUUACCUAUGCCUGUUUUACCAUUGUUGAUUUCUUUUGCGACUUCAUUGUCUCCUUCAUUCCUUUUUACUGGCUAUUAAAGUGCCUGUUCUUGAUCUGGUGUUUUGCACCACUUGCUAACAAUGGUUCUACCAUUUUGUACAACCGUGUCAUCCAACCACUUUUUGUGAAGAAUAGGAAGAGUAUUGAUGAGGUCCUCAACAAAGCAGCAUCUGGUGCUGCUGGUUUAGCCAAGGAUGUUGCAGGAAAGGCAUUUGCUGGCAAAUCCGAAUAGAUCAGCAAUGAGUGGAUAUUUUUGCGGAGGAUUGUUGAACCAGCAAAAUAUUUCUCUCCAGGGGUUUUCAUCUUUUGUACAUAAUAUUACUUAAGUCUUGUGAUAUCGUUGAAUUUCAAUUGCCUCUGAACGUGCCAUUGCUUGUAGCUUUUGAAGCACUCCACUUCUUAUGCAGGUGGCUGAAACAAUUAAUUUGUGACUUUUUGCAUUAACCCCCUCUCCGUUAUAUAUAUAUAAAAAAAAACCUUUGCUUUGUAAUAUUUUGCAUUCGUAGUCCCUGUUGAGUAUCUUCAGUUCGUUAUUUGUAAGAUAUAUUUGUAAUAAAUUUAAUUUUAGAGUUU